AUGAACUCUUUAGCGGUGGUAAAUGCAAGCGAUGGAGGAGUGGAAACGGAGACAGCAGUGGUGGAGAAGCCCCCGAAAACACUACGUCGUUUACAGGUGUUUAGUGGUUAUCCGACGCCGUCUGGUGCUACUACAAAAGACGGUGGGGUCAAUUUUGCUAUCUGUUCAAGCAAUGCCACGUCGGCCAGUCUCUGCUUGAUCAAUCUCUCAGAUUUGCCUGAGGUGAGACCAUCGCCUAGCUUUUCACAACACUGGUCACACCCACCAUUUCUCGGAAUGACCAAACCCUAG